AUGGCCCCUUCUACGACGCCGCGCCCCUCUCUUGGCGAACGCAGGCCAUCCCCACUGAAAAUGAGCUCUGCUGCCAAACACGAAAAAGUUCCGGCAUCGCCUAGUACGUCGAUAAUGGAUUUCGACGGCGAAGGCAACGAUGCCUCGGUCGUUCCACGCAAGUCCCGACCCAGCGGACAGGACGGCAACCGACCACGCGUCCGGUCAGGGGGAGGACCGCCCAGGACUGCACAUGCUGCCAUGCAGAGCCCCGAUGUCGCCGGACUCGAGCAGCUCAGACAGACUAUGCAGGCCACGCUCGGAAUGCUCGGGACCACAUUUGAUUAUCUGGGCGAACAGACUGGCCGUGUUGCUCAGCUUGGGCCAGCUGUCGAGGCCAGUCAUCAGAUUCACCAGCUCCGUCGUCAGGUUCAUGCGCAAGAUCGGAAACAAGAGGAGCGUAUGCAGGAGAUUAAGAGUCUCCUACAGGACGUUCUAAAAGACCAGAUCGCCGAACACCUCCGCGCUCAUGUAUUCGAAAUGAUCCGCGAAAAGGUUGAAGAAUAUGUAGCAGAUAAAGUUCGGGAGCAGCUUCAAAAGCAAAUCCCUGAUGCUCUGCGUGAACAAGUCAAAGAUCACCGUAGGCACUUGGCCGAAGUCAAGCGGUGUCUCAACAACUCUGAAGCUCGUCGCGCGAAUGCUACACUUCGUAACCAUGGCUCCGCCAUCCGAGAGCCUUUGCAUGCGCUCCUUAUGACCGAUGGCAAUGUCAGUGACCUGUGGCCUGCAGAUCUCGCGCAGCUCUUUGAUGACACUGCUAAGCGUCUAUUGGACGAUUAUGAGCUCACAUAUGCGAGCGACGAUCCAACUGAGCGUAUGCUCAACAAAUUCAUGGCACACAUCGGGGUUGGCUUCCAAAUGGUUCCUCCCCAACGACGACCACCUCUGCAAAUCAGCAGCAUGUAA